GAUUAAUUUUGUAAUGUUAAGCGGUAGGGAGUAAGGGAGUAGAGGUUCGCUUUCUAUUUCUCAGUUACCAUAUCCAUUUGCUUUUGAAUGUUGCUAUUGUUUCCCUCGCCAUUUCUUCUGUCUAGCGGACAUCAUGGCAACCGAUAAUAUUCUUGACCAACUGCGACAUGGGAUUGCUAGAUUCGAGCUUGUUUCUUCACCUGUUUCUUCUAUUUCCAAUGCGAACACCCUUGCUUGUACCAGUUCAUUAUUCGGAGACAACAGCCAUCGAUUCUUCGCGAGAAUUGGACUAGCACCAAUCAGGGAAUCACCGGCAACGAAAAAAGUUGAGCGUUAUUCGGUGCAUAAAAUUACUGGAGAUGGCCGCUGUCUGUUUCGUGCCCUGGUCAAAGGGAUGGCUUUGAACAAGGGUAUCACUCUAAGUCCACGGGAAGAGAGGGAUGAUGCAGACGAAUUGCGUAUGGCUGUGAAAGAGAUUAUAUGUGACAAUGGUAGAGAAAGAGAGAAGUACGAAGAGGCCUUGGUUGCAAUUACAGUGGAGGAGUCUUUGAAACGUUAUUGCCAACGUGUGGGAAGACCUGAUUUUUGGGGAGGAGAGUCAGAGCUACUGGUGCUGUCAAAAUUAUGUAGUCAACCAGUCAUUGUUUAUAUUCCAGAGCAUGAGCACAAACACGGACUGGGAUCUGGUUAUAUUCCGAUUGCCGAGUAUGGAGCAGAUAUUGAGGGCCUAAGAAAAGGAAAACCCAGGAAGGUCGUGAAGCUGCUCUACAGUGGUAGAAACCAUUAUGACCUGCUUGUCUAAAACCUUGGCAUGAGAGAGGUCUUAAAAUCUCCUGCCCUCUGCCCCCAACAUCAAGGAACUGAGAGGGUUUAGGAACUGAGAGGUUUAAGUGCUGCUGGUUUUUUGUAUUCAGGUUGAGAAUGAUUCAAAUUUGAAUUAUAUGUAAUGGAGAAUUCAAUAUAAACAAUAUAAAAAAUCAAAUGAAAGUAAUGUUCUAAUUCCAAA